UUCAAACACGUUGCUGAUUGAAGCGCAACUUGUGCGAGAUGUAAAUAGUGUCUCUAGUAAGUUUCGGUUUGGAUUUGAAGCUGGAAAAAUGGACGUAAAGUGGACCUACCUCUGCUUGCACUCGGAUGUCGUUAUCGGUGGACAAAAGGGUCGUCAGUAGCUGGUAAAAAUGUUCUUGGUCGGCGGCCAUGGCGCCCGAUUAAACGUGAAAAGGAAUUUUUGUUGGGUAGAUUUUGACAGGAGAGACAGGCGCCAAAACAACCACCGAUGGUUUUUGUGUGACAAGUCGUUUGACGUAAAACAAUGUUGCCAACUUUUAAGAUUGUGCUUUUUGAAAACGCCUAAUUGGAAACAUAACCUAACUUUUUGUUAUUUGUUUAGUAAAUAUUAAAAUUAUUAUAAAUAAUGGAUUAGUUUUAUUACUAAUUAUUUAAAAUGGAGCUAAAGUGCUUGAAUACAAUCGAUUGUAAUCAAGGGGGUGUACGAGCGGUUCGUUUCAAUGUUGAUGGUUCCUAUUGUCUCACCUGCGGCUCGGACAAGAAAAUCAAAUUGUGGAACCCCUACAAAAAGUUACUUCUAAAAACCUAUGGCGGACACGGAAAUGAAGUAUUGGACGCUUGCGGCUCCUGCGACAGUAGCCAAAUAGUCUCCUGCUCAUCCGACAAAUCUGUCAUAAUUUGGGACGUGUCAACGGGCCAACCGCUACGUCGGUUGCGAGGCCACGCGUCAACAGUGUCAUGCGUCAAAUUUAACGAAGAAUCUUCUGUCGUCAUUUCCGGUAGUCACGACAACACUGUCAUGUGUUGGGACGCGCGCUCACGCAACCAAACGGCAUUUCAAACAUUGAAAGAAGCCAAGGAUUGCGUCAAUUCUAUCAAGGUCAGCGAACACGAGAUUUUGACCGGUUCGGUUGAUUGUUCGGUACGUCGGUACGAUUUGAGAAAUGGCAGAUGCGAUACCGAUUUUGUUGGAGCCGCCAUUACUGCUGUCAGUUUUUCGCACGAUAAUCAAUGCGUUUUGGUUAGUUCUUCGGACAAUGUUGUCAGAUUGUUGGACAAAAAUAGUGGAGAAUUACUCGGAGAGUACACAGGACACAGGAUUGCCAACUUAAACAUCGAAAGUGACAUUUUGACAAAUGACAAUUUCGUACUGUCAGGCUCGGCCAAUGGCGACCUCUGGUGUUGGGACUUGGUCACUGGUAAAGUGACAAAUAAAUUCACGCAUGCGCGUAAUAAGGCCUUGAAUUCGUUGAGCGUACAUCCUACUAAGGACAUUGUCCUUACCGGCUGCGUCACUACGAUAAAAUUGUGGGGAGAGGAAGAUUUAGUUGAAGAAGAAUUGAUUUGUGAAUAAAAUUCAAAAUUCCAGUGUUGCCAAAAAUUUUAUUUUUCCAAGCACCAAACAAUAUAUUCAACCAAUCACAGACUGUUAACAAUUGACUAUGAUGGCGGCCAUAUUGAUUGUCAACAAAAACCAAUAUGGCCGCCAAAGUAGGGUUAAGUAAAUACAAUAAUAAUAAGUAAAACGAUUAUAAAAAUUGAGCUUUAUUCGAGUUGGCCAAUGACGUCAGAGCCUCUGCAGCGUCUAGUUCUUCUUUUCCGUGAAGUAAAAAUGUCAUUUUCUUCUUUUUUUGAGGCUUUUCGAAGCAGUAGUCGAUAUAGUUGCCCUCUUCCGGCCGGAAUUUUUCCGCACUUUGCAGCCAUUUUGCAAUCAUUGACGGCUUGUCCAUUUCCGGAUUUUGCUGACGACAAUCCCUCAUGUACUUUUCCAUUAUGUGAUUUUUGUACUUCACUGACUGAGAAAACGGAUUACUGUCCAUUUCUGUUGUCGAACUGACGUAGUAGCAUUGAUUUUGCGUGUCACUAAAACAAAUGUCAAUUGUCAAAAUUGUCAAAAAACUUCUAAAAAAAAGUAGAAACCUGUUAUUGUUGUUAUACAAGUGACUUUUGACGUAUUGGUGUUCGAACUCUGGUUCCUCCCAAAUGCUGUCUUCGGAGCAAAUGCUGAAAUGUUCGACGUUGCCAUGCACUUGGUUGUUGUACGUUUUGAUCAGGUCGCCCCAAGUGCGACGUUGCGGCUCUUUGCCCGCGUUCUUCAGCUUUCUGCGCCAAUUUGCGAACCAAUUGCAC